UGCUAAUACUAUCAUGUGAUGAAAGUGUUUAAACUGAAUUUACCUGUCUGAAGAAUUUCAGUAGAGAACAUCAUGGAAGACCAGAUUAACAUCACCUACAUAAGUCUGUCUGGGUAUGUAGAUCUGAACAGAUACAGAUACUUUUACUUUUUCGUUGUACUCACUGUGUACAUCUUAACAGUCUGCAGCAAUGCUACUAUUCUGUAUCUCAUCUGGAUUCACAAAAACCUCCAUGAGCCGAUGUACAUCUUCAUCGCAGCUUUGCUGUUUAACGGUCUUCUUUACAGCACCAACAUUUACCCAAAGCUUUUGAUCGACUUCUUAUCUGAAAAACCGAAUGUGUCGUAUUCGGCUUGUCUUUUACAGUUCUUUUUGUUUUACUCCUUUGGUUUUGCAGAGUUCCUCCUGUUAGCGGCCAUGGCCUUUGACAGAUAUGUGGCCAUAUGUAAACCUCUAAGAUACAAAAGAAUUAUGAGAAAAAGUCAUGUGGACAUUUUCCUGGUUCUAGCUUGGUUUCUACCUGCUUGUUAUCUUGCAGUGCAGGCAACACUGAGCUAUCAAGCUAAAUUAUGUGCAUUUAACUUGGAAGGAAUAUUUUGCAACAACACUAUUUAUGCCCUUCAGUGUGUGAGAUCAACAACCAUCACUGUAGUGGGGAUUGUAGCUUUAUUACAUGUUGUAGUGCUUCCUAUGCUCUUCACUACCUUCACGUAUGCAAACAUAUUUAGAAUAUCUUACCGCAGCUCUAAGCAGUCCAGGAAAACAACAGUAGAGACCUGCGUGCCUCACCUGCUGGUUCUGACCAGCUACUUCUGUUUGAUGACGUACGAUGUAAUUAUAGCUCGAGUUCAGUCCGAUUUCCCCAGAAUUGCACGAUUCAUAAUGACGAUGCAGAUAUCCCUGUAUCACCCUUUGUUUAACCCGUUCAUUUAUGGUUUUAAAAUGAAGGAAAUUAAUAAACAUCUGAAGAGAUUGUUCAGCUCAGUAAUUCAGUGAUUUUAUUUUAAUUUCAUUUUGAGUUUCAUUGCUUUCAAAUCAUUUUACUGCAUCUCAAUUUGGUAUUCAAAAUGUAAACAAUGUAAUUUACAUUCGUCUAGGUUCAGGUUUAGCCGUGUUCAUUGUUUCCAUUGUGACGUAACCGAUCAUUACAAGGAAUGUUUUAAAUGUCCACUGGAAUCAACAGGAAUGCUUCCUGAUUGUUGCAGCCAUUAAUUCACUGGACUACGUAAAAUAUAACCUACCUAAACAGCGUCUUGUUUAACCCAACCUCCAUUUACUUUCUUUGUAAUUACAGAAUUUCACUGCGUUCCACUUCGGGAACACGGUUUGGUGUCUUUCCUGAUGAUGUGUGUGAUGAUGUAUU